AUGAAGCGUAAAGUGGCGCGGUCGCGGAAGCUCCGAUUGAGCCCAAACGAGGAGGCGCUGCUGAUGAAGGCCGAGUUCGAGAGACGCAGGAAGCUGAGGCUGCAGCAGGUCCGGGAGCAAGAGCGGAGGAUCGCGAGCCAGGUGCGCGAGGAUGUGAAGCAGAGCCAUGAGCAGCAGGUGCAGCAGCUCACUGAGGAGCUGUGCGUCGAGUGGCACCGUGCGCAGAGGGAGAGGGCCCGGGUGCUGGAGCGGAUUUACGCGGCCAACGUCGACGCCAUCGGGGAGGGCCACCGCCACGCCAAAGAGAAUGUAAAUUGUGCCCUCUGCACUCGCUCUCACGCGGUGGCGGAGCAGCAGGGCCGUGCGGUGGAGCGGCACCGCGGGGCCCUGCGAGAGCUCAGAGUGCAGAGAGAGCGGCAGAACGACGAGAGCAACAGGUUGCUGCGGGUGCGGAGAGAGGUGCUGGGGGUGGAGAGGGAGAGGGCAGCGGUUGUCGCCAAGCUGCCUCCUCCGCAGCCCGAGCCCCUGGAGAGGCUUGCGAAGAAGCGCAGCACGCUGGUGAAGAUGUACGACGUGGAGUGCUUUUCCCAGACCCACUACCACCUGCUGGAGCCUUGCGCUGACCGCGAGAUUGACACUCAGCAGGUGAACGCGCGAGCGGCUGCCGCCGAGGAGGAGCAGAGGCUGCAGACGCUGCAGGAGCAGACGGAGCGGGAGGCCAAGGAGAAGUCGGAGAAGGCGAGGUUGCGCGGGUCGCAUGCCCUGCGCAUGGUGCUGCUGCAGCAGGACCGAGACCGGCUGAUGCAGGAGCUGGAGGUGAAGCAGCAGGGAGACUGGAGGCGCAGGAGGCAAACCGUGUCCCAGCUGCCCAAAGGCCUGUUUGACCCACCCCACCGGCGCAUUGAGAUCCGCCAGGAGCAGCAGAGGGACAUGGAGGAAGCCUUCGAGGACCUCUAUGCCGGCGGCGCGAGGUUGCGUGCCGAUCCGAGCCUGCGCCCAGACCCAGACCCUCUACCCGCACCGUCGGUUUGCAGCCAGGACGAGGAGGCCGAGAAGGUUGAGAUUGCAGGACACCCGGAUCGCGGCGGGCUGCUCAUACGUGAAACGGAGCUAGAAUCGGAGGUGGCGCUAGCAGGGGAGGCAGAGGAAGAGGGGGAACCCACGGCCGGGCCCUCUACUGCUCAUCCUGAGACCAACAAGGCUGCAGGAGGAGAGGGCUUCGAAGGCCCCCGUCGGCCUACUCAGAAGGCCCUGAGCCGCCUGCUGGGCCGCAUCAACAGCCAGCGUGAGCAGUGGCUCUCUCGGGCCCAGGCAGGGCCCUCUCGGGCCCAGGCAGGGCCCACGCGGCCCGUGGAUCCGCCGAAGGGGCCCUCAGCGUCGUUGCUGGAGGAGCAGAAGAGGCAACAGCUGCUGCUGCUCGAGCAGCUGGAGCAGCAGAAGAGAGAGCUGGAGGCUCAGCUUGAGCAGGAGCGCAGUGAGCUGGAGGCCCCGGGAGUGUGCGCACACACGUGGCUUUCUGGUCGCAUCCCGCCCGCCUCCAGGGUGGAAGUCAAGGCACCCGAGCCUAGUCAGCUGGACAGAGAAGCACGGGGCAUGGAUGAUGUGGCGCAGAAGGAGCAGGGAGAGCGAUCGGCGACUCUUCCUCGUGCACUUCACUCCCUGGACACGACACCACGGGGGGCAUUGGAGCCUGCGCUGUCCAGGCCAGAUGAGCACACUCUCGCUGUUCGGCUCCACCAGCAGUGGCUCUUGCAACAGAACAGGAUGCAUCAGCAGUCCGUGGAGGAUGCCCGUGAGAGGCUCAAGGAAUACCAGGAGGUGCUCAAGAAGAGGUACUCCGCCAUCUUCAGCUCCGCGCCACCCACUGCUCAAUCCGUGGCCAUUCCUUCAUCCGCGGUCACUGCAGCUGCGGCCCCGCCAUCACUUCCUGUCAGCGGCCCGCACGGGGUGACAGCACCUCCUUCCGGCGCCUCACCGCUUGCGCCCGACAGAACCGUUGGCGCGUCGCCCUCGGGCGGGGAGGCGUCGCGAGCUGCGAUGUUUUCGGAUCGGCGGUUGACGGGAGCCGACCUCCCGUGCGUGGACACCUCGCUCCUGCCGUCCCCACGGCCGGCCGCUCCUUCGCUUCCGCUGAGCACGGCGGCCUCGCCGGCGGAGCUCGCGUUCGAAGGCCGCGUCCCGGCCUCGCCAUCUCGGCCGCGACAAGCCCAACUUGCGUCCUUCGUGCCCGCUGCGUUCCCGCUGGGCAAACCGCGGCAGCAGAGCAGGGUGACGGUCCCCGGUGCCGAACCGCCGCGACGGCAAACGCAGUCUGACGCUCGAGCGCGGGUAGCACGUGGCGCCGCGGCCUUCUGGUGGAGACUCCCGGAACCCCCCACCGCAGUGGAAUUGACAGACCCCAAACAACUUGUCCCGUUCGAGGGAAAGGGCUCGACGGUGCCGGAACCUACGUCACGAGGAAUGUUCGACUCUGACCUGGACGAGGGAGGGGCGGCCGCCCCCGGCGUGGGACCACGGGGCCCAGCAGUUCCCUCGUGGCUCGCCGGGCACCGGGGUUCCCUCGCCGGACGAGCGGCGUUGCCAGCCGAGCUCGAGGCGCCGUCGCCGGCGGACUCCGAUCCCCCGUGGCCGGCGGAAUCUGCACCUCGGCCGUGGGAUGCCCGGGAAUUGCCAGCGAUGCCGACGUGCGGGUGGGAGGGCGAGGGCGAAGUGCAGAGGUGGACGCAGGGUGCUCGGCAAGACGAGGAAGGAGGAGUGUGGAGCAGCGAUGAGGGGGUGCAGCAGCAGCAGCGUGACCUAUCCCGCUCCACAGAGGAGAUUGGCGUCGGGGGCGGUGAGAGGCCGGCGGGCGCGUGGGAGAACUCGGAGCUGGCUCAGCGGUACCACCUGAUGUCUUCCCUGUUCCGAGCCCUGGAGGGGCCCGGCAGUGCCACAACCCCGGAGCGGAGCCACGCACAGGAGCUGGACCACAUUGGUGAGGAGGCAACGGAGCGCGGUGCCUUCAACUUGUUGUCUGAGGGCGAACCGCUGCCGGUCGCCGGACCGCUUCUAUCCGGAGCUGGUGGGCUCGCGGUGGGCGUGGAUUCCGUCUUUCACCUGGGGCGGCCCGUCCGCGAACGGCCCCCCGUGGCCCGCUCACGCCUCGGCCUUCUGGGACUCAUCGAGCAACACGAGCUGAGUGCCAUCCAGGAGGUGGACACGCCACACAGCGACAAGCAGCGCUCUGCCCUCGGCCUGGGCGGCUCGCUGCUGGAAGCGGCCGCGGGCAGCGAGUUUGGGGCCUCGUGCCGGGAGCGACUGCGUUUCUCCGGCGCCCUGGGUGAGGAUGAGCGUGAGGAGCUGGGCGAGGACGACUCGUACAGGGACGGGCGACUGGAGGCGUCGUCUCGCGUCUCGGCCGAGGGACGUCCGCGCUCAUACUCCCCGGGCGACUUUGUCGGUGGUGGCGGCGGUCGCAACUGGAGGGACGUACUGCUCGCUCCGUCCAGCAGCACGCGGGACAGUUCAACUCGGUCACCUGCAGUGCCGCUUGGCAUUUCCGCCGACGUGAGCCUGGGAAUGCCAUCUUUCUUCGACGGAAGCCGUCUCCCACACAGCGAGGCAUCUCCCAGCUACGUGGAAUGGCAGACCCCCGCAGAGGCCCGGGCCUCCCUGGGGAAACACGCAGCCGCUUCUCUCUCGGCCUCUUCUCCCUCGGCCGAGUCUCCCGCAAGCAGCGAGUCUCUGGCCACCACCUCCCCAGCCUCGGGCGCCAUCUCCAGCGGCAGCCUCGUCUCGCUCUCCAGCGGCCGGCUGAGCCAGGAAACGCUUGGGGAGGACGGGGCGCGGGAGGUCUGGGCGAGGCCGGCUGCCGCUGUGGGCGGUCUGCGUGGCCCUCCGGCCCCACCAGGCGGCGGCCAACAGGGAGACCCUGACUGGAUGCUCUUGCCACACGGCCCGCACUGUGCCGCCCCGUCUGAGCACAGCUCCAUCUACGAGAUCAUAGCCAAGUACACGCAGCCAAAGCAGCAGCAGCAGCAGCAGCAGCAGGGUGCCCAGCCGUCGACGGAGCCGCGCGUCGCCCUCUCGCAUGAGCCUCCGGCGGGGCAGGCGGAAUCUACCGACACGUGGGACCCCAGUUUCGACGCAGGGCCGGACCUGAGCCGCGUGGACGCCGGGGCCCUGGAGUUUGAGCCUCUGGCCGCAGGGCCCGACGACACCCUCGACACAUCCUCGCUCGCCGGCGACGCGCGCCCCUCGCAGAGUCUGGCACUGUCUGGCACCGGCUCAGGGCUCAGUCGGAUCUCGGGUACGUUGUCCGACUCGUCUUGCCCGAGCGCAUCCCUCUCAUCCGCGCUGAGUGUUGAGUCUAGCCACCCUGGACAUCGCGAGUCCCAGCCCCAGUCCAGGGAGCCAGACGAGGACGACGACCCUUCCUUCCGGGCGCUCCUGCCGGAAGUGACGCUGGGCGAUUGCAGCCUGGUCACACAAGACACCUCAUCCAACUCCCCUUCCGGUGCCUCGUGCUCGGUCAGCAGCCCCGCGGGGUUGGCCGAGGGCGGCACCUCCGACACGUCACACGUGGCGCCGGGGCCCGACGAGGAGUCCUCCGGCGGGAGCGCGGCCACGCUUGUGUCCGUACCGAGUCGGCCUUUGCCGCUGGCCACGGGAAGCCUGCAGCGAAGCUGUACGCUCGCAGCAUCCAGACAGACGCAGCAGCCGCCCCGUGGCGACGACGACAGCGUGUCGGCUCGCAACACGGACACCACCGGAGCCUCCGACCGACCGAGCCCGGACGCGUCGUCGCUCCCCGAGCAAGCGCUCCUCGCGACGGUCGACUCGCCCUUGAGCGAGUACACGCUGGCGGAACACUACAGCAGCGCCACCGCGCGGUCGGAUCCCGAGCUCAACCGCGCCGACUUCCGGGCGUGCGCCGCUUUCAGCGACUACGGCAGCAGCUUUUUGAGUUUGAGUUCGGACUGCGGCGGCAGCGGAGUCCCGGCAGCGGCAGUGGGCGGGAGCGGCCGGGCCGACGAGCGCGUGUGGUGUGAGCUGGCGAGCAGGCGGGAGGGAGGCGCGGGGGCCGGGUGGGACGUGCUAUCGUCGGGGGAGCUGGGACGGCAAGAGGAAUUCCGUCGGAUGGAUUCCUGCUCGGCUUCGUGGAGCCAGGAUCUCUCACGGCUGCUCGCCUUCCCCGGCACGCAUGUGUGGGACUCGGGCCAGGAGAUGGGGAUCCUGGAGGAGCCCGAGUUGACCCUGGUGACCCUGACGGACACGGAGUCGAGCGUGCAGCAUGAGCUGUCGCUGGACGUGACGCUCGAGGGCGACACGCGACCGCCUGCUGAGGACGAUGAAGUAACGGGGCGGACGCCAGGCCGUGCUACGGAUUCGCCGGGACAGCAGCAGCCGGGCCCGAGCGCGUCGCUUCAGUCGACAAGCGAAGUGGUCGUGUCGGGCUGCGGACACUCUGCGUCCAGCUUGCAGGAGGCGUUCCAGCGGAGGAAGCGGGACUUUAUCGUGCAGUCGGAGAAACGCGUGCGAGAGGCGAGGAGGAGAGAGCAGGCCGUGCCCAGCGCCACCGCCCAGCGCGCCAGGGAGCGCAGCGCCAGGGAGCGCAGCGGCAGGGAGCGCGCGGGCGGCGCUGCCCCCGCUAAGCUGGUCGACGUUCCCGUGUCCGCCCAGAAGUGCUCCCUGAAGAAGGUCGGGGAGGUAAAGGUGGUCACGUCCGCCGACAGGAAGAGCGCGGAGGAAGAGGCUGUCAAGAGGACGGCCAGGUUGUACGAGCGGCUAGAGGAGGUGAAGAGCAAGAGGGAGGCGGAGCAGAGGAAGGACGUUUCUACCAGGAAUCGCGAGAAGGCAAAGGCAUUCCACCAGAAAACGCUGGAAAAAUUGAGGAGCAAGAAGAUGUAGCAGGGACGGGUAUCGAUUGAAAUCGUGCGUGCGUGUGUUUUUAAUCUUGAACUAUUUAUUGACGUGUUCACUUAAAUGUACUGUAAUGAUUCGUGUUUGUGUGGAAAAAUUCCCUGUUUACAAAGUAGUCGUGGGCCUUUGGAUGUGGCCUACACACAUCCCGUCCAAUGAACGCCGGCGGGAUGUUUUACUUGUGAAAUAGUUAUUCACGAAAAUUACUUUACACAAACCUCCCCCCCCUCCCCCCCUGCUUGAAGUGUUCCACACCGGGUGUAGUUCUCAUGUUGAUACUGCGUACCUAUGGGCUAAUUCGGCUGUGCAGUACCAGUCUCUUGUGGAAGCCGGUGAUUCGUGAUUGAAGGUAAUGAGAUUACUGUGCUCCUUAAAUAAUGUCAACAGACUGCAGUACCGAUGAUUAUCAUGCUUCAUCUUAAACCUACUCAUGCAUAUCCAUAUACGCUGUGAACAGGAGAACAUUUACUUCUUCAAUAAUAAUAAUUUACAGAUCUGUCAAUUUGCUGCUGGAUAAAUGCUCCCGCUUAACGCUUUGGCGACGGGGGUGCUGUUUGACCAUACUUUACCACGAUGGUCAGUGUGGGUUUGUUAAGGUUAGGAGUCGGUACCAGUUCAGAUAUCACUCGCCAUGGCGAAGAAUCGAACUCAAGUCGCCAGUUUCAGAAUGCAGUGCACUAACCUCUGCGCCACCGCUCCACCGCAUUGUUUCCACACCAGCAUUAGCAUAAUCUAUAAGCAUUCCUUCAACAACACAUUCCGUUCUACAGUCCUGUGGUUUGAUGUGCGCCGGUGAUAACAGUUUGCAAUAAAAUGGGAAUAAAUCUUUGUUCAAAAAUG